CCCCAGUCACAGAGAGAGAAGAGAGGUCCCGGGCACGUAAGUAUACAAACCUGGAUAUUCAGGCGAAUAAAUGCCACCAAGUAUGACCAAGAGCUCGGCGAAUAAACUGACAAAUGGAGAUGUUUUCCACCGGACAUCCAACGGUAAGACAUCAUCGAGAAGGAACGGUUUCGUGAAGAAUCAUUGCUUGUUCCAACAACCGCAACAGAAGAAUCGGCGCCCGAGUGAGAACAACCAUGUUGUUCGUAACGACAGCCUGUACAACAAAGCGUUUGUGGAGCAGUUUGAGGAGACUCCUCUGCUUGUGGCUGUUCUCACCUACGUGGGCUACGGGAUCCUCACCAUCUUCGGGUACCUGCGGGACUUCCUCCGGCAUUGGGGCAUGGAGAAGUGCCAUGUGGCCAGAGAGAGGGAAGAGCAGAAGGACUUUGUUCCACUGUACCAGGACUUUGAGAACUUCUACACCCGGAAUCUAUACAUGCGUAUCCGUGACAACUGGAACAGGCCGAUCUGCAGUGUUCCAGGAGCCAAGAUGGACCUGUUGGAGAGGGCCUCCAAAGACUACAACUGGACCUUCCAACACACAGGUAAGGUGGUGAAAGACGUGAUCAACAUGGGUUCAUAUAACUACCUGGGCUUUGCUGAGAACACUGGGAGGUGUGCCGACGCUGCCACAGAGUCGACCCACCACUAUGGCGUUGGAGUGGGUAGCACCCGCUAUGAGAUGGGUAACCUGGAUCUCCAUGAGGAGUUGGAACAGCUGGUUGCUAGGUUCCUGGGGGUGGAGUCAUCUAUGGCGUUUGGGAUGGGCUUUGCUACCAACUCCAUGAACAUUCCGGCUCUGGCUGGAAAGGGUUGUUUGAUCCUGAGUGAUGAGUUAAACCAUGCCUCUCUGGUGCUGGGCGCUCGGCUGUCUGGAUCCAUCAUCAGAGUCUUCAAGCACAACAAUAUGGUGAGUCUAGAGAAGCUGUUGAGAGAUGCCAUAGUCCACGGCCAGCCCAGAACACGCAGGCCCUGGAAGAAGAUCCUCAUUCUGGUCGAAGGAAUAUACAGUAUGGAGGGAUCCAUCGUGCGUCUGCCUGAGGUGAUAGCCCUGAAGAAGCGCUACAAGGCCUUUCUCUACCUGGACGAGGCCCACAGCAUCGGGGCACUAGGACCUCGCGGUGGAGGGGUGGUCGAGUACUUUGGUCUGGACCCCAAAGAUGUUGACAUCAUGAUGGGAACGUUCACUAAGAGCUUUGGUGCUGCUGGAGGGUAUAUCGGAGGAAAAAGGGAGUUGAUAGACUACCUGCGGUCCCACUCCCACAGUGCUAUCUACGCCACCUCCAUGUCUCCUCCUGUGUCCCAACAGAUCAUCACUUCUAUGAAGAUUAUCAUGGGGGAGGACGGUACCACUCUGGGUGAGGUCCGUCUGAGGCAGCUGUCAGAGAACACUACGUACUUCAGGAGGAAACUCAGAGAGAUGGGCUUUAUCAUCUAUGGCAACGAUGACUCUCCUGUCGUACCCAUGAUGCUCUACAUGCCCGCCAAGAUAGGGGCGUUCGGUAGGGAGAUGUUGAAGAGGAACAUUGGGACGGUGGUGGUUGGCUUUCCAGCCACGCCCAUCAUCGAGUCCAGGGCCAGGUUCUGUGUGUCUGCUGCCCACACCAGAGAUAUAUUGGACACGGCGUUGGAGGCCAUCAGUGAGGUAGGAGAUGUAUUACAGCUGAAGUAUUCUCGACACCAGAGACAUCAUCUCCCCUCCUCCCUGGGUUCAUGGUCCUCUGAGGAGAGUCUGCUCCAGGAACCCAGCCACGUCAAGCCUUCUGUCAUGUAACUAACUGAAACGCCUACACUGAUGUAGGGUCAAGUUGCCUCUAGAUGCUGAUCUUGUGUCAGUUUAGUAUUUUUCCACACUAAUAGUUAAUGUUAGGAUUGGGGGAUGGAAAGCUGAUCCUAGAUCUGUACCUAAGUGGAACUUCACCAGGUCUGAAAAGUCACCAUGGUCCUCAUGUGUCCGUAGGGUUUUCUUAAUGCAUCUUAACUUAUUGUGACUUAAUUUUUUUUGAGUUUGUACCUUAACGUUGAGUCUUAAAUAUGUCUGUGUGCAUUAUGGGGUCUUCCAAUGCAAUAAUAACAAGAUUACAUUGACAUUGUAGUAAUUUAGCAGACUUUUCCAGAGCCACUCAGAGCAUCUUGCUCAACGGCACAUUGACAGCUUUUUCACUGAUUCGGCUCUGGGAUUCGAACCUUUAGCUUACAGACCCAACACUUUAAACCACUAGGCUGCCUGCUGCGUUUCCUAAAGGUAUUUUCAGCUUUUAAGAUAGGAGGGAGUAAUCAAGGGGUCUGAAACCUGGAACGUUUUAAUAUUAAAAUAUACAGUACCACUUGUUUGGUUAUACCAAUGGUUGGUUACUGGCAGGAGUUAUGUAACAGACAAAGUAAAUGAAUAAUAUCUAUCAUUCCUUACAUUAGUAGAGCACUGUUGAUAUGGGUAAAAUACCCCUCCCCACCUAAAUAUAGGCCUUCAUAUCACAUGGGGUACAUCAAGUGUCAACCUUAUUUUUUUAUUUAAUUUAACUUAAACCUUUCCACUUUAAUCUGUGUUUUAUACUUGAAUAUUGUCACUGGGUCCUUUCUCUAACCAAAUCUAUGUAUUGUACAUUAUCUACUGUUUAUACUGUAAAUUAACAUGUGAAAUCUUCUUUGACUUAACAUCGUAGCUAGUCACCAAUCACAGAGCUGCUUUCCAUGAGUAGUCCUAGCUCUCUCUCUAAUCUACCUAUCACACCUGGCUCAUGUUCAUUAGGGCACAUCUCAGCCAAAACAAGCAAUUUCUUAUUGGACAAGCCCUGGUAGUCCCUCCCAGUUUCAGUUAGUUUUGUUCCAUUUUGUGCCUAAUGAACACGACCUUGUUCCAAAAAGAUCCGUUGUGAUAUUUAGAAUAGUAGGGGGAAUCCCUUUGUAGAGCUGACAUGUUGUGAAUCAUCUUUUUCAGCCUUUAAUAUUUAGUGUUCUUUACACCUGUACUGGAAUAACUUGAACUCAUAUGUCUUAAACGUUUUGAACAGCUCUAGAGUCUUUAACAGAGCCAUAGCUGGAGAUUCUCUAAUACUGCUAUAGGAUGAAUAAGAGCCAGGUCGUGUUGUGUGUUUCUUUAGGAUCGGUUUCCUGGAAUAAAAGAAAAUAUAUAUAUAUAUUUCAAUGGAGAUUCUUGCCUUCAUCUGUGUCCGGGAAACUGACCGUUACUGAAGAGACAUGUCAUGUGAAUAUCGAACUGUAUAUCUGAACCGAAGUGCUUAGUUUAUUAUUAAACAAUCCAGCGCUGAUGUCUUCUUCCUGAACAAUGACACGCUGGGUGUAAUGUAACCACACUGUCUAUCUGUAUGUAUGACGAUGCUGCAUCCUAACCAUGCUUGUCUGAUGUACAGAUAUGUCCUUAUUCGGAAAACACUUCCUAUGGAUACCCUCUUUGUAAGCUAUUAUAAGUGCAUCCAUAAUGCCUUAUGAGCUAUGUAUAAUGCAUUAUAAUGCACAAAAUAGGUUUAAUACAGGAAGUGUUACCCCUUUGUUUAUUUAUUGCAAAUUCCCUAUAGUAUUUCAAUCUGCCUUGUUUUGGGGAAGAUGUUUCUAAUGUAGUAUCUCUGUGGGUUGCAGCUCUAAGUUCUACAGCGGUUCUUCUAAAUUCCAUUUACAGUCAGCCAUUUCAGGAAGUCAAAUUUUAUGGAAUUUCAGUUUGGAAUUUUUUUAUGGAAAUUCAGAAAACGAUUAGAAUUUACCUAGUGAAUUGACUUGAUUUGUAAAGGGAUUGACCCCCAACCCUGUUCCAGAGGAACUAUGUACGCGCGUUUUAAUAACCGACAACAUGUCUUCAGUGCUAAUACUACUGACGUGCAUUAUAAAUACACAGAUGAUGUAGCCUCACUGUAACGACAGGCGUUGCGGCUGGCUAACGACUGCUUGGUUUGAAGGAAGCGUAUUUUUACCGCCGACUGUCUCUCACAAUGAUUCUUCUUAUCUGAUAUGGCAUUCCAGAAUUAGCUGAUUUUUGUUUUGGCUGGCUUGUAUAUUUCUUUUGUGUAAAUUAUAUAUUUGAUUUUCCAUGGGUCAACCUAUGGGUCAUUUCAAGUGUAAUAUUGUGAUUAGUCAAAUAUCCGGUUUGUAGUUGAGGUGUGUGAGUGUAGAAAUGUAUCGAACAGAGCUGAGGCUGAGACUGUGAUCAUUCCACCACUACAAGCUCCUUUUAAACUAUCUGUGACAUUUUAAAGUGUCUAGAAUUUGUUCAGCAGUAAAACUGAAACCUAGUUGAUUCUGCAUUGUAUUUAGUUCAAGCUGGGUGGGCCCAUGUAGUGUCUCUUGGUCCCGAAUGGCACUCUUUUUCCUAUAGUGUACUACUUUUAACCAGAGCCUUAGUCAAAAGUAGUGCAUUAUAUAGGCAAUGGGGCACAAUUUGGGAUGCCUGCUCCGUAUCCUGUUCCCAUCUCUAUUGAGACAGGAUGUGAUUGCUCAUAUCCAGCAACAUGAUCUCAGGAGAGCUGUUUACAUUUCUACAAAGCAAAUAACAUUUAGCCUCAGAUUUAAUUCAUCACUGGCCCGUUUUUUAAAGUAAAUGUGUUUUUAAAAUGAAAAGAUUAAAAAGUCCUUUGAUGUAAAAUGACAUUGUUUAACCAGCAAUGGGAGAGAUUUGUGAACUGACUUUUGGACUAUGAAUAAAACCUGUAUGUUAUCAGUAGGCUUUUACCCUUGGCAAGUUCAAUGUUUGGAGAUAGUUAGGGUUGAAAGAAACCAUUUGAGGUUUUUGAAGCAAUGGUGUGUGUUAAACCGUGCUGUUGGAAACGGUGCUAAGAUUAAAUCUGUCUUUGUUUGUAUCAAGCUCUUGGUUAGAUUUGUCUUUUGGCAAAGGUCUAUAUACAUACGCACGAUGUGUAAUGUAAUCUAUCGGAAAGUCUUUACAGAAUGAAUACCAUUAAAUGACUUACAACCUGUUUGUAUCUUAAA